AUGGCGUACGAAAUCCCUCGCGAUCUGAUCAAACAACUUCAGAUCUCUCUUCGAAAUGAGGCCAAAAUCUCCUCCUACGACCCUCACCAUCCUUCACUUCCAAAUCUUCCAUCUUUCAAUCAAACAAUUGCCGAGCUUGAUCCCUCUCCCCCUUAUCUCCGCUGCAAACACUGUAAAGGAAGAUUGCUUCGGGACUUGAAGUCCUUUAUUUGCGUUUUCUGCGGCAGGGAACAGUACUCUGAUGUCCCUCCCAACCCCAUUAAUUUCAAGAAUACCAUUGCUUGUCGUUGGCUUCUCCAAUCCUUGGACUUGGAUGGAUCGGAGAUGGUGGGACCGAUUGAUUUGAAGGAAUCAAACCGGGGAAAAUCACCAGAGCAAUUUCCCCUGACGGAUCUUUUAGAUUUAGAGAUUAGAUGGCCUGAAUCUGACAAGAAUGGGAUCAUAGACGAGACUCCGGCUCCAAGUAAAAGUACUUUGAAUUUGGCUGGAGUUGAUCUUGGCUACUACUUCACUGAGGAAAAAAAUGACACUACUUCAAAAGCAUCUGAUGUGCUACCACCACCCAGUAAACAAACCGUGGAGGAUAAUGCUGAUCUCAGUUUGUUUGAUAAGUUUCCAUCUUCCGAGUCGGCAACAAGGACUACUAAACAUGAGAGUGAUGAUUCCUUUUCUGGUUGGGAGGCAAGCUUUCAGACUGCUAGUUCUGCAACUUCGCUUGAUAAUUCUAAAUCAAUUGAUCCGUUUGUUGUUUCUGGGGUCAAUGUAUCUUCUUCCGAAAUGACGUUUGGGGACCAAAACAAGUCCAGAAGUGGAGAAACAGAAGAUACUAAAGAUCCUUCCUCAUCAACGACCAAUGACUGGUUUCAACAACAAGAUGAUUUAUGGAGUAGUUCUAAUCACAAAACGGUUCACAUGCCAGAUCAGGUUGAGCAAACUGGAAUUUUGAUUGAUGGCAGAGCUACUGAAACUGCUAAUUAUUCUUCAUCAGCAACCGUUGAUUGGUUUCAAGAUGAUCAGUGGCAAGGAGGAAGCCAAAAGAAACCUGAUGAUAAAAGUGUUUUUAAAGAUGACGAUUCAGCUGAUGCUUGGGAUAAUUUUACUAGUUCAACUGGUGUGCAAGGCCCUUCUGAUAAUUCUAGGAAAGACAUUGUGAAAGACGUGCCAAAGGUGGAUGAGAUAUCAGAAGUAGAUUUCUUCAGCACAACCACCACAAAGGAUAGUGAUUUUAGAGACUCUUCUCAACCAAUUUCAUUUGCAGAAGCAUUCCCCAAUCCAAAUGGUACAUCCGUAGAAAAAGCAAUAUGGCCGGAUGCUUCUGAUUUAACCAGGAUGGGUGAAGAGAAUGGAAAAAGUAGAGAAAAUUCCGAUGCUGCGCAGCAUCAGGCUGCAUCAGGGGGUUCAAGUACAGAUGAUGCACAGAUGAUAAUGGAGAAGAUGCACGAUCUAUCUUUUAUGCUCGAAAGCAAUCUUUCAAUCCCCCCAAAGUGAUGCAUCUUUAGUUCUUCUAAAGAAGCAUUUUGCCACUGAUCUUUUCUUGCAUUUUUCUUUCCCUCUUUCCUUUUAUAUCUGAAGCAGCUUAGUGUUAGUUUAGUUAUUACGGAUUGCAUUCUCUGAUUUUAUAAAAUGGCCAUAUGCCGUUGAAAUCCA